UUCGUUUCCCCUCUGUGCUUCGCCAACAGAAUUAGGACGUAGCAAGAGAGUGAAAAGAUUCCGAGAAACUAAAGAGAGAGAGCGAUUUUCUCGAGAAACUAGAGAGAGAAAAGAUCUGUUUGUUCGAUCGGUCCGUACGAGUGGAGAGAUGUCGAGUCUGCCUGAGUCGCUGAAUGUGGACUCCUCGGGGGCUGCUGCUGGACCGAGUUCCUCCAGAGGCGCAACAAACCGUAUCAGGGCCGACUUGAAAUCGGCCUCGGUCGAUGACUUGAUACUGUUGCUUCGCGAGUCUGAGUACAGAGAAGAUGCUCUCUUUUUUCUUAAUAAGAAAAGAGAAACAGUUGGAGAUUUGGCAUUGCUGUUGUGGAAUUCAUUCAAUACCAUUUAUAUACUCUUAAAGGAAGUAUUAGAUGUAUACAAGUUGUUAAUACCAUCAAAGCUUACUACACGAGAUUCUAAUCGAGUUUGUGAUGCUCUUGCUCUACUUCAGUGUGUAGCUUCUCACCAAGAAACAAAGAUGCCAUUUAUCAAAGCUAAGAUACCUAUAUAUCUGUAUCCUUUUCUUAAUUUCAAGGAAUCUGAAAAGCCGUUCGAGUUUUUGAGGCUUACCAGCUUGGGUGUCAUUGGUGCCCUAGUGAAGGUUGAUGAUCCACAAGUAAUUCAUUUUCUUCUUGAAACAGAAAUAUUUCCUCUGUGCCUACGUUGCAUGGAAUGGGGAGAUGACCUAUCAAAAACAGUUGCAACCUUCAUAGUAGCAAAAAUUCUUCUGCAAGAGGAGGGGCUAUCAUAUUGCUGUUCCUUUGCAGAGCGUUUUUAUGCAGUGGCACAAGUUUUGGAAGGCAUGAUGGAGAAACUUGCUGAAAAACCUUCUACUCGGCUGCAAAAAAAUAUUAUUCGUUGUUAUCUUAGGCUGUCAGAAUUCCCAAGGGCCUGUGAUGCAUUAAGGCGUAACUUUCCUGCAAGGUUAAGAGAUACUACAUUCAUCAACAUCCUUUGUGAAGACCAAAUAACCAAGAGAUAUCUUCAACAAUUAUUUUACAAUGUCAUGGCAGGACCCCGUCCCAGACCAGAAGUAGCUGGGGAUGCAUCAGGCCACUUCACCAGAGGCUAGACAGCGGAGGUGCAACUAUGUUUUGUACUUUGUCCGGGAUAUCAGUUGAAACAACCUACCGUUUGAGCAUAGUUAGGAAAUGAAUCCUGUAGUACUGUUGUGUAUAUCAUGGAACUACUGCUUGUUUAAGAAGCUUUCAGCUGAUGUACGACUAAACCAGUACCUUCUACUUUAUCCUAAUGAGAAAAAUAAGAAGAGGUAAAGGUAAAUUUAAGCUACUCUGACUCUGCAGUCGUAUUCUUUUCGAACAA